AGAUUACAGUUACCUGGUAUUUGGACUGCAGUUGUGGCCAGUCGAGCUAUCUGACUGGGGCGAUUCGGUCCCUUGGGUGAUCUCUUGGUCUGAGAAUUAUAAAAAAUGUGUUCGUGUACUCUAUGAUACAUAUAGUAAACAAUUAAUUCACUUUCGGUCGUAUAUUUUUGUUACCUGAAUGUUAUUGAGAUUCGACUAACACACACGCUUAAGACGUUUUACAUUUUCGUGGAAAUCAUUGAUAUCUAGCAGUGGAAUAAUUGAAAAAGGAAGUGACAUCUUUAUAACAAAUAUAUAAGCCAUCACUGAACGAUCUAGAUGAUACCGAGAAGGUCUGUUCGAUAUAAGUGAUCCUGAGUAGGGACGCGCUUAUCAGCAGUGAAAACGACAACACAGGUACCGGAAGUAUGGGUACGGGGAGGUCUCGUGCUGGGCUGACGAGGCCCCAACGACUCUGUUUGAGUUAUAUACGAUCGUGGACAUGGCUUUCGAAAAGGAAGAGAUUCAAAAAUGGUACUGCGAUUUAUUAAGAUCCAAGGAUAUGAUAAUGGAUCGCCUUACCCAUGACGACUUCCAGGAACUGUUCUACAGUGUUUUUGCCAACAACCCCCGGGAUUUCGUCGACGACACCUUCCGCAUAUUCGACCCGAACAACGACGGCUACGUUGACUUUAAAGAGUUCAUUGUGGGUGUGUGCGUGUAUGGCACUGGCACUGAGAGCGCGGACCGGACGUUUCGUUGGGCGUUCCUUAUGUACGACACAGAUGGCACUGGCAAGAUUUCGAGAGAGGAAGUGGCCAUCAUGUUUAAGGUAAGGGAGGUAUGAGGGGAUAUUGGAAUCACAGUUACUCUAAUUUUAACAUCGAAUAUGAUUUUUGGCAUCAAUUGCUCGAAUACUAUUAUUUUAAGGCCCUCAAUACAGUUUGGUACCAUUUUUUUAUGCAUUUUAAUUUUUAAUUAAUUUGACUCUAAUGAUAACAACAAAAAAGCAUAAAGUUAAGGAACAGAUACAAAAUAUUAACAUUUAUAAAUGUUUUUAGCAUAAAGCUACGUGGCCACAAAUUCCCCAGUUCAAAGGCACCAAAAUAUAGCUAAUAUUUAUUUAUUUGUACCUUAAUCAUAUGCUUUUCUCAUCAUUAAGUCAAAUGAUUUAAACAUUAUAAUGCAUUAAAAAUGUAAAUAUUUGCAUCAACUUUUAGUGUACGCCUUUAAAGGCACAAAAAUGGUUGAACAUUGAACAAUGCAAAGGCGUAGGCCAUAAAAGAUAAGGGAUGGAUUGACUUCUGCAUUUUAGUUGCAUUGGUGUAGAAUGUCCUGAAAUUUGAAGUAUUCUUAAGCUUAUUUUAUUGCAAAGCAACGUAAUGUUAACUAAAAAAUGGAAGCCCUGUUUCAUCAUUCUCAUUAAUAAUGAUAGAUCUAACGAUGUGCAUAUAUCAUCAUCGCUUUGGUGUAGGAGCAUGAGUUUAUCAGUCAACAUACUUGAUAUCAUAUUGUGAAACUCUUCAAUUUUUGUGCAGCAAUAUCACUACUUUUAAAGAAAAAGCACUUUUAAAAUGAACAUGAAGCGUGUUGAUGUUGUGGACAAGUGGUCAGAAAUGGCCUCAUUCUGGACGUCAUUCCACGUGACCAUUCCGUUGAGCCCAAAUACAUUUCCUAGCGGUACAUUUAAGAAUGCGGAAACUAAGAAGGUUUUAAGGAACUAUGGUAAAUACCAAGGAAAGUUGAUAUGGUAAGGCUGAAAUUGAAGACGAUGACUUUUCAUCCGAAUGCUUCGUUUGUACAUAAUACGAACGCUUUUUGCUUGCAGUUUGCUAUUCGAGAUAUAAAUUAUGAUACGUCGUGAUACUGUAAGAUAACUAUGGUGCCAUAUAACUGCCGUAAGAUUGUUAGUUGGUCUGUUACUGACCCCCCCCCCCCAUUUUUCCGUAGUGGGUCAGUUACAAACCACAUAACUGAUUUAUUUCAUCGACCACCUCUCAUGAGCAAAAGUGUUAAAACUAUAAUUUAAGAAUCGAUGAAUGGCGGCCAUUUUUGUCGCCUCUUGACUUUACUGAUCCACUGUAGAAAAAUAGAGGGUCACCAUGUUACUUCUCUUAUCCAAUGAAAAGGUCAGAAACUAGUGGGAGGUGAAAUAAAACCUGAUAGCGUUCGUA